AUGUCUACAAAAGAAACAAUCAGCAUCCCUAACAUUGCAUGGGAGACCGCAGCCGACAUUUACUUCCCACCAAAUUUCAACAAGAAUAAAUCGUACCCUGCCGUUGUAUCUGCUCAUCCCAUCGGCUCCUGCAAGGAGCAAACCUCUGGGAAUAUAUACGGGAAGGCGAUAGCAGAAGCAGGCUUUGUGGUCGUCACCUUUGACGCAUCUUUCCAGGGCGCCUCGGGUGGUAAGCCUCGUUUCAUCGAGAACCCCGAAUUCCGCGUAUCCGACUUUCGAUUUGUUGUCGACUAUAUCCAGACAUUGUCGUAUGUUGACGCUGAGCGUAUUGGCGUGCUCGGUAUUUGCGGUGGAGGUGGCUAUGCGAUCAACGCAGCUAUGACUGAUUACCGUUUCAAGUGCUGCGUUGGCAUCACCCCUGUUAACUUUGGUCGCCUCUCUCGUGAAGCCUUUGGCAACUUCGACCCAGUUAGCUCUCUUGAGAAGAUGGCAAAGCAGCGUACUCUUGAGGCUCAGGGGGGCGAACGCCUUGUCAUCAAUCUCCUCCCUCCGAGUGUUGAAGAGGCGAAGAAAGCGACUACAGAUAUCGAUGUCAUCGAGGCGACUGAAUACUACAAAACUGGCCGUGGGCAGGCGCCAAACGGAUGCACCAGCGGUCUGUUUUCAUUUAAUAGUGCUGCUCUAGCGUGGGAUGCUUUCAGUCACGCCGAAGUUCUCAUGUCUAGACCUCUCAUGGCCGUUGUCGGUGACAAACCCGGUGGUUUUGGCGCCUAUCGUGACGCCCAGGAGAUCUACGGUCGGGCGGGCACCAAGGAGAAACAGAUUGUUGUUUUGCCUGGUGUUUCCCACUAUAUGCUCUAUGACAAGCCCGAAGCAGUCAAGCCCGCUCUUGAGCAGGUCCUCCCUUUCCUUAAGAAGCACCUUGGCGAUGUCAAAUAG